AUGACCCUCCGCCGCCUUCCUUGCUCGCCGGCGGCGCCGCCUCUGGAAGACGACAACUUGCUCGCCGAGAUCCUCCUCCGCCUCCCCCCGCUGCCGUCCUCCCUCCCACGCGCCUCCGCCGUCUCCAGGCGCUGGCGCAGCCUCGCCUCCGAUCCCCGCUUCUCCCGCCGCUUCCGGGCGCACCACCGCCGCAGCCCACCCCACCUCGGCUGCUUCGUCAACGAUUUCCGCAACUUCCUCUUCCAGCCCGCCCUGGAGGCCCCCAAUCGCAUCCCGCCAUGCCGCUUCGCCUUACCCAUCGACCAGGACGACCACUUCAGGCUCCUCGGAUGCCGCCAUGGCCUCGUGCUCAUCCUCCACUCGUCGCGGAACCAGCUCCUGGUGUGGGAACCCGUUACUGGCGACCAGUACCGCCUGGACAUUCCUCCAGGGUCCGGAGACGUGUUCAGCGCGGCGGUGCUUCGCGCUGCCGGAGAUGGCCGCUACUUCCAGGUGGUCUUGCUAGGCACCAACGACAUGCACCAGGCGUGCGCUUCCGUUUACUCAUCCGAGACCGGCUCAUGGGGCAAUCUUCCGCCCCGGGAUUCAAUCGGCGACGCCACCGGUGUUUAUCCGGGAAUGCCCGCUGUGAUGGUUGGGGACUCCCUUUACUGGGUUGUUGUUGUUGGGAAUUCCCUUGGAAUCCUUGAAUUUGAUUUGGGUGGGCGGAGACCAAGUAUGAUGCCUAUGCCCACCGGCCCGGAAUUUUGCGAUGCCUGGCUUAUAAGGGCAGAGGGUGGUGGCCUCGGUUUCUUGGUACUCUCUGGAUUCAGCCUCCAGUUAUGGAAGAGACAGACGGAUUGCGAUGGUGUAGCUUCCUGGGUGCUGGGAAGAACUACCGCACUGGACAAGCUACUUCCCAUUAAUUCAGACGAUGAACAGAUCCCAGUCAUCCUUGGGUAUGCUGAGGACAACAAUGCUGUCUUCGUGUGGACAUCGAUCGGCGUCUUCACGGUUCGGCUUGAAUCAUUGCAGUUCCAGAAAUUUUUUGAAUCCGAAUACUGGUAUAAAUAUUAUCCAUUCGAAGGUGUCUACACUGCAGACAAAGGUAUGGAUGGCCAGCACAAUGGAGCUGAACUUCUGCAAAAUACAUGAUAUAAUCUGUCCACAUGGAUAUGCUGCCGAGAUGUAUUGAUUGAGCAGGUAUCAACGUUUAGGUUUCGGUGUCUGAUAUACAGAACUGGUUUGUCGGGUCCUUCUAUUCUGCAUGUUGUGCAUGGGGCCUGUGAAGAUGUGCUGUAGAAGGGAAGUGACCCUCUACACAUGUGACAUGAACUCCUAGGAAUUAACAUGUUCUGGUUAAGUGUAAUGGGAUCUAAUAUUCUAUGCUAUCAAACUUCUGUAUUACAUCUAAUUUCUGUAGGUAAUAUUCAAACUGUA